AUGGAACUUCACGAUUUGCUAAUGUAUUAUUAUGGAGCUUUUGUGAUUUGUGAUUUCGCGCUUGGUGUAUUUUCACGAUUUGUGAUUUGCGAUUGCGUGUUUGGUGAAUCUUCCUAUUUGCGAUUUCGCGUUUGGUGUAUUGUUACAUCUUCUGAUUUGCGAUGUUGUGGAGUUAGGUUGACUGGAUUUAUAGUGAUGGAAAAUUGUUUGUUUCUUAUGUGCAAGUUUAGAGGUGUGACACUGGUUAUCAAGUAUAAUGAUGGAUUUAAUUUCAAUGAUUUGUGUUGUUCUUUGGGUGAAGGUUAUAUGAUUUAUGAUGGUAAAGCUAGUAGUAGUAGUAGUAGUAGUAGUGGGACAAAGAAUAAGGAUCGUGUCACUGUUCAUUGUAAGAGAAUGGCUGAUUUGGGAUGUUUAUGGAGCGUGCAUGCUAGAGUGGAAAAUUAUAGUAAAGAUUUUGUUAUUAAACAAUUUGAUGAUGUUCAUACUUGUGGAUCUUCUUUUCGUACAGUUAAACAUGCUAGGAUGACUUCAAGUAUGAUUGGUUGGUUAAUUUCAAGUGAUAUUCGUAAUAAGGCUUUGACAUUGGUUAGUAAGGUAGUUUGUGAUUUCAAGGACUAUUAUGGAAUAGAAGUUUCUUAUCGGCGAGCUUGGAUGGGUGUUGAAAAAGCAAGGGGUCUUGUUUUUGGUGACUAUUCAUCAUCAUUUGACGAUUUUCGUUGGUAUGUUGAUGUCUCUAAUGAUUGUAAUCCGGGGAGUGUUUUUGAUAUGGAAUUUGAUGUUGAUAGUAAAGGAAGACAUUUCAAAUGCUUGUUUUUCGCUUUUGAGGCAUGUAUUCAUGGUUUCAAGUAUUGUCGACCUAUGUUGAUGCUUGAUGGAACUUUCUUGAAAAGAAGACACAAAGGUUGUUUAUUGGCUGCUACGACAAAAGAUGAUAACCAAGGUUUAUAUCCGUUAUGUUUUGCCAUUAUUGAUAGUGAAAGUUAUGACAGUUGGCAUUGGUUCUUGUCAAAGUUAUUUGUUAUUUUGACUCCGGGGAGGGAUAUUGCGUUUGAUACUGAUCGGCAUGGAGGUUUGCUGAAAGCUUUAGCUGAGGUCUUUCCGUUUUCUUCUUAUUCUUUUUGUCUAAUGCAUUUGAAGACCAACUUGAAGAUUUAUUUGUCAGUGAAGAGUCAUGAAUCUAAAGAGUAUUUGCUUACUUUUUUUAGUAGAUGUACAUAUGCUUCUACUAUUAAGUUGUUUAAUGAGCUAUUUGAAGAAUUUAAGGGUCAUUGUGGUCAUAAUGUUGAGAAGUUUAUUGAGGAUUUGCCUAAUAAGUGUUGGUAUAACGCUUAUUUUCAAGGCAAAAGGUAUGUUAAAAUGUGCACAAAUGCUGCGAAAUCUUUUAAUUCACGGAUUAGGGAUGAAUGCCAUUUGUUUUCAAUUAGUCUUGUUGAUGCUAUACGGGUGAAACUAAUGGAGCAAUUUUCAAGAAGGAGAGAAGUUGGGAAUAAGUGGAAUUGUAUUGUUUGUCCUUUUGCAGAGAAAAAGUUGGAAGAAGCUUUUAAUGAUACAAAAGCAUAG